GGAGGUUCUUCACUUGGCAAAAGUGCCAGCAUUCCAGAUGUUGAGCGCCCCAUCUCCCUUCCGAUCGUUGAUCGGCCAUCAGAAGAUGAAUCCAACAUUCUUUUUGUUGAUGGUCUCCCUACCGAUUGCACAAGGAGAGAAGUAGCUCAUUUGUUCCGUCCUUUCGUUGGCUUCAAGGACCUCAGACUAGUGCACAAGGAGCCCAGACGUAGUGGUGACAAGGCCUAUGUCCUGUGUUUUGUGGAGUUCAGCGACGCAAAAUGUGCAUUCACUGCCAUGAAGGCUCUACAAGAAUACAGCUUCGAUGAGAGGAAACCCGACGCACCAGUCCUCAAGAUCCGGUUUGCAAGGUUCCCAUUCCGACCUCCGCCGGCACAUGAUGAUGGGAAACGCCUUAGCACUCGCUGAUUAUCAUCCUCUUCAUACCCCUCCUCUCCAACAGUGUAUUAUAGGCUGUGGGUCAUUGUAGAUCAGAUUGGUGUAGUGACAUGUAAUGGGCAUUUGUCAGUUGGCGAUGGCAGCUCCGUAUGACACCUUGACACAUCCGUGGCACCUCAACUAUAUCGCCAUCAG